AUGGUUGCAGCUGAGAAUAGCAAGCUGGAGACUUCGUUGCAUGAAGCUUGUCGUCAAGGGAAUUUCAAGAUCUUAGUGCUGCUAUUGGAUGCCAAUCCUUGGGCAGCUUGUAAGCUUUACUCUGACAACCAGAGUGCAUUUUAUAUGGCUUGCAGUCAUGGGCAUCUCAAUACUCAAUGUGGUAUUGUUAGGAAGAUUUUAGAAGUGUGCCCAAUAUUUGCUCAACAGAUUGACAGGAAUGGUUGUUCACCAUUGCACUGCUCUUGUUAUAGAGGGCACGUGGAGAUAACAAGAAUGCUCCUAAAAGCUGGGGUAGAACAUGCUCUGGAAUUCAAUAAUGAUGGUUACACACCUUUGCACUUGGCAGCGAUGAAUGGCAACACUGCAAUUCUAAAGGAAUUCACUGAUACCAAUAUCUUCCACUGCCCAGAUCAAUAUGGUAACACCAUCAUCCAUAUUGCAGUCUCUAGAGGUCACCAUCAGGGCAUCAGAUACACGUUUAUAAUUUCGGCUGAAUUGCAUCAAAUAGACAGUGAAGCGUACCUUGUCAUGUCUAUGAUUGUGGAUUACUUCAUCAACAAAACAGCGGUGGAUAUUAGUUUCCAGAACCAUAGAGGACUCACAGCCCUUGACAUUCUCAACCAGACCGAUGGAAAUGAAGAACUAGUAGAACUUUAUAGAAUUUGCCAAAACAAGCAAGACGAGACAUACAGAGAGGCAGUUCAGAAUGCCAGGAACACGAUUACACUGGUGGCUAUUUUGAUUGCCACAGUUACAUUCACAGCUGGUAUAAGCCCCCUGGGUGGUGUCUAUCAGGAUGGACCACUGAGAGGAAUGUCCGUGGUGUACAAAACAACAGCUUUCAAGGAAUUCAUAUUAAGCAAUAAUAUCGCAUUGUUCACUUCUCUAUGUAUUGUUGUUGUUCUUGUUGGCAUCAUUCCUUUCCAAAGAAAACCUCAGAUGAUGAUACUGAAGGUUGCUCACAAGGUAAUGUGGAUAGCAUUGUCGUUCACGACAACAGCUUACAUUGCAGCAACAUGGGUCAUCAUUCCAGAUGGUAAGGGAACAGAUUGGAUAUUUGUGGUGUUACUGUCAAUUAGUGGAGGCACUAUAGGCACAGCUUUUCUUGGGUUAACUGUGAUGAUGGUUAAGCAUUGGAAUCAAAAGCAGAAAUGGCGGAAAGAGAGAAAGAAAAACGGGGACAGACUUGCAGACAACAGAAUGCAAACCUUACAUUCUUUUAAUUCCGAUCUUGAGAGCUCCAACCUUCAAGGAUAUCACUCAUUCUAA